AUGACCGUGCCAGAAUCUCCGCUGGUAGCUCAGUCUGCCUCUCCCGCUAGCAGCAAUAUUCAGUGGGCUCCGGAUGGCACAGCGCGAAUCUUUAGCCAGCUCAAGAGCGGCUACAACCACACCGUCUCCGCUAUGUGGCAAGCCGAACGGCAACUGCACAAGUCCAUGUUUAUCUACCCAAUCUUCUUGUCAACCGAUCCAGACUUGGAAGAGCCUAUUCCAGGUCUCCCUGACCAGUACAUACGGGGACUAAACAAGCUCCUACCCUUUCUAUCUACUCUGGUUGCAAAAGGCCUUCAUUCAGUUAUUCUAUUCGGCACGUUGCUUGGCAGCCACCCUAAGGACAACAUUGGCUCCAUGGCAGAUAGCCCCGAAGGCCCCAUAAGGCCCGCAAUUCCACUUAUUCGCCAGAGCUUUCCCAACCUGUAUAUCAUUGCCGACGUAAGUCUCUGCGAAUACACAGAUCACGGGCACAGCUCCGUCCUAUUCAAAGACGGCACAGUCAACAAUGAGGCAACUGUCACACGUGUCUCUGAUAUGGCGCUCUCUUUCGCUCGAGCUGGCGCAAACUGUGUGGCUCCAUCUGAUAUGAGCGACGGUCGUAUCCGUGCAAUCAAGCUGAAACUUCUCGAAGUCCGACUCGAAGGUAAAGUCGCCAUCAUGUCAUAUUCCGCAAAAUACGCCAGUUGUCUCUACGGGCCUUUCCGUGAGGCUGUAUCUUCCAAGCUUGUCACAGACGAGCACAAGCGCUAUCUACUGCCAACUCCCGCCCGCAAACUCGCUCAGAGAGUCAUGCUCCGCGAUAUGCACGAGGGCGCCGAUAUGAUCAUUGUCAAGCCGGGUUAUGCAGAUAUCAUCAGCGAUGCCAAGAGCAUGGCCCAUGUUCCAGUUGUUGCCAUGCAAGUAUCUGGCGAGUUUGCCAUGCUCCACGCCGCUGCUCGUGCUGGUGUCUUCGAUUUGAAAACCAUGGCCUUUGAAACAACAGAGGUCAUUGUCCGCGCAGGCGCCGAUGCGGUCAUCAGCUAUUUUACUCCAAGUUUCUUAGAUUGGCUGAUUUAA